AUGGAAAUUCUAUCUCGUCUCAUAUCCAACGCGAGUACCUCCGAAAUUUUUAAAUGGAUCAAUACGCCUAACGGAGGCCCGGUGGUCUCGCAUUUUCUUUAUGCGGAUGAUGCGUUAAUUCUGGGGGAAUGGAGCAAGGAGAAUAUUCAAACGAUUGCUAGAAUUUUGAGGAUUUUCCACAUAUGUUUAGGUUUAAAAAUUAACUUCCAUAAGUCGAAUCUGUUCGGGCUUGGGGUUAGCGAAGAAGAAACUGAAGGUUUAGCAUCUAUUUUGGGGUGUAGGACAGGUACGUUCCCGUUUAAGUAUCUUGGUAUUUCGGUGGGAGCUAACAUGAACAGGAUAAAUAAUUGGUACCCGGUGGUGGAUACCUUUCAAAAAAGACUUUCGUCUUGGAAGGCUUUAUCUUUUUCUAUCGGUGGUAGAGUUACAUUAAUUAAAGCGGUUUUGGAGAGCUUGCCUAUAUACUACCUCUCUACGUUCAAGGAACCUGUCAAAGUUGUGGAGAAACAUGAAUCGUUGAUGAAAAGGUUUCUUUGGGCUGGUAAUGAUUCAGUGAAGAAGAUGCAUUGGGUGUCUUGGGAUCGGGUGGCGCUUCCGAAAAACUUGGGGGGUUGGGCUUGUGUAAAUUCAAGUACAUUAAUUUUUCUCUCCUGUCUAAAUGGAUUUGGAGGUUCAAAGUUGAAGAAGAAAGCCUCUGGAAAUCGGUUAUAG